AUGCAUUUACGGAUUACAACUCUCCUUACAUCACUCCUCUACGCGGGGACUCUUGCAACCCAAGACCCUAAUGAUGUGUCCAUCUUGAUCAAAGAGGCCGCGCGUGCCAACAACGAGUCGCUGCUAUGGGGCCCCUACAAACCGAAUCUGUAUUUCGGCGUGCGUCCUCGGAUCGCAAAUAGUCUUGCUGCGGGAUUGAUGUGGGCAAAGGUGGAUAACUUUGCUACAGCACAAGGAAAUUUCCGACACACCUGCGAACAACAUGAAGGAAUGGACGGGUAUGGAUGGGACGAGUACGAUAUUCGCAAGGGAGGACGCCAGACUAUCCAUGAUGCUGGGAACACUCUGGACCUCACAAUUGAUUUCGUCAAGGUCCCCGGUGGCCAGAACGGUGGUAGCUGGGGAUUCAGGGUGAAAGGUACUCCGCGUGAAGAUGGUGCACCAGAUCAGCCUAUUUCGAUGCUAUUCUAUACGACACUUGAGGGAUUGGGUCAAUUGGGUGUGGAUCUGGACAGCGUGGGCGAUGCCCCUGCGCUGGAGGGUGACGUCAAGUUCAACGGUUUCUCUUCCGAGCUUGGGGACUUCUCUAUCGAUGUUACUGCUGGACCGGAUACCAAUGACUAUUAUGAGCAUGCUCACCCGAGCUACGAGGCGAAACCAUUGGGCAAGGGUAUUGUAUCUAGUGAGACCUACCCCCAGGAGCAGCUCUGGCAGGCUAAGGGGAUCAUGUUCAUGCAGAUGAAGGAGGAGGUGGAGCCAGCUAUCCAGGAGUAUGGAACGGAGAACCCUCCGCCGCCAGCUCAGCUGUUCACUGUGAAGCAUAAACCCGGCAAUGGCAACAUUCAUUUCGUCCAGAAGGUCUUCAAGGGUCCCUUCGAGUUUGACGUUCUUUUCUCGUCUGGCUCUGCUGGUGAGCCUCUUACAUCGGAGACUAUAACCAAGGAGCUCGAGAAAUCUUCGCUAUCUUUCUCGGAGAGAUUCAAGCAGGUGCUUGCACCACAGGUGCCUUUCGACUCGGCCAAGUACUUGAAGUUUUCCAAGGCCAUGCUUUCCAACCUAAUCGGUGGCAUCGGCUUCUUCCAUGGUGACGAUGUUGUUGAGCGGUCUGCUUCUCCGGCUUAUGAUGAGGAAAACGAGGGCUUCUGGGAGGAAACCGCGGCGGCUCGCGCAGUGGCCAAGCCUGUUAUUGAAGGUCCCAAGGAUCUCUUCACUUGUGUCCCCUCUCGUCCAUUCUUCCCUAGAGGCUUCCUCUGGGACGAAGGCUUCCACUUGCUGCCCGUGAUGGAAUAUGACUCCGACCUUGCCCUCGAAAUCAUCAAGAGUUGGUUCCACCUGAUGGACGAAGAUGGAUGGAUUGCCCGCGAGCAAAUCCUGGGUAUGGAGGCUCGUAGUAAGGUGCCUCCUGAGUUCACAGUCCAGUACCCUCAUUACGCCAAUCCGCCCACUCUCUUCAUGGCCCUGGAAGCGUUCAUGGACAAAGCAUUGAGCAACAAGAGCAUCCAAUCGGAAGGUCUUGAUGCAAGCGACGUUGCAGAGAGCCUUCGAUCUGCAACUUUGCGCAACCCCGACCUGGCCGAUGCCUACCUUCGUUCCUUCUACCCCCUGAUGAAGAGACACUACAACUGGUUCCGCAACACCCAGCGCGGAGACAUCAAGUCCUAUGACCGCGACGCAUUCUCUACAAAAGAAGCCUACCGCUGGCGCGGACGUUCCGUUCAGCACAUCCUGACUUCUGGAAUUGAUGACUACCCUCGUGCUCAGCCGCCCCACCCCGGCGAGCUGCACGUUGACCUGAUCAGCUGGAUGGGUAUGAUGACUCGCACAUUGCGUCGCAUCGCGGAGACUCUGGGUGAGACGGAAGAUGCCGAGGAGUUCGCUUACCACGAGAACGCUAUCUCGCGUAACAUCGAUGAUCUGCACUGGGACGAAAAGGAGCAGACAUUCUGCGAUGCUACCAUCGACGAGUUCGAAGAGAGCGUGCAUGUCUGCCACAAGGGUUAUGUCUCCAUCUUCCCGUUCCUGACGGGCAUGAUUGGUCCCGAAAGCCCCCGCCUUAAGGCUAUUUUGGAUUUGAUCAGCGACCCCGAGGAACUGUGGAGUGAUUACGGUAUUCGCAGCUUAAGCAAGAAGGAUGAGUUCUACGGCACCGAGGAGAAUUACUGGCGCAGCCCUAUCUGGGUCCCGAUCAACUACUUGACGGUGAAAAACCUUUACGUCAUCGCCACCACCGAGGGUCCCCACCAGGAGCAGGCCCGUGAGAUGUACUCUAAAUUGCGCAAGAACCUUGUGGAGAAUGUUUUCCGUGAGUGGGAGAAGACCGGAUUUGCCUGGGAGCAGUACAACCCUGAAAAUGGUGCUGGCCAGCGGACGCAGCACUUUACCGGCUGGACCAGUAUGGUGGUGAACAUCAUGUCCAUGCCUGACCUGGCCAAAUCCGAAGUCUCCCAUGAUGAGCUUUAG